UGUUGCUAUAAAUCGAUUAUGACAUUCUAAAAGAGAGAUACAUUGUUUCGAGAGAUACAUUGUUUCGUCAACGUUAUUUUACAUGUGAGUUCGAAUGUGUUCUAGCCUAUUUUUUUCUGUGCGUCUCUAGUAAAGUCAUUACGAUCGCCGCAGGGAAAGUUUCAGUUUUAUCAACAAAUAACCACGUUAUAGCAAAACAAGGAUGACGUCCACCAAAUUAUAGUGUCCUGUACUACUUGGGAUCUUAAGGUAAGGUGAGUCGUGUCGUGGUGCAUAAUUGAAACGUUAACUAGGCAAACCUUCCAAGAACAGUGGUGUCGAACUUUACUCCCGAGUUACUGAACCAGAUUCGCGGAAGACCGACUGACACCGAUUUGGAAACGAAACUUAUCGCUGAAAUUGCGAACAUAGGCUACUGGAGUUAUGAAGGCCUAGCUCAGACAGGCCUCACUACACGUUUAGCUGCUCCUCGGCUCGUCGUGUGCCAGCCAUGGCUUUCGCCUCUGAAGAGAGCAGCAGCGAAGGCAUGCAGUUGAGUGAGAACGAGGCAAUGGUGGAGGAUGAGUUCACAUGUUCCGCGGCGUUACGGGGGGCCGUCAUGGCCCUCCAGCCCACGGCGAAGCGCGUUUUCGGGGUGGAGUUGGAUAUAGCCUUGGAAGAAGAGGCGGAGGUUCAUCAGACUGGACUCAUGUGGCUGCUGCUGAAGGGGAAGUCUGGAGACGUACAUGCAGCUAAGCUCUAUGUAAAGGGUGCCGUGAACCAGGAGGAGCAGCAGGAGGUUCCCUACCCAGAGGUCCUGCACUCAGUGUUCUGUGGUGCCCGUGGGCUGUUCACGGACUGCCUGAUCAGAAACACUUCAGCCCAUAUCGUGGUGGGUUCCCCAGGGUGCGUCCUCAUCUCAGGCCUGGCAGAACCCGUGGUCCGGGCCUACUCUCUCAUCGUGGACCUGGUGGAGAGGUAUGACAGCAGCCAGGGUCUGCGCAUGGACGCUGGGGCUCGAGGAGCAGUCGAGUCCCUGGAUUCCCGUCGGGCCUUCAAGGCGCUGGUGGAGAGGUGGGACGACCGGCACACGCUGGACCUGCUGGUGCUGCCCGUGUCCGUGAAGGAAGUCCUCCUCGAACUGGUGAGGGACAGCCGCUGGAACACGGCCUCCGCCACCGCCGCCGCCGCUCCUGAGACUGCGGCGGCACGGACAGAUGCGGACGAACCCGAGGCGAGGCAGGGCGCCACGGGCGUGGCGGACAGGGCUUCUCACAACAUCCCAGACGAGCAGCCGGACCCGCGUCGGCACAGUCCAGGAAGCAGCGUCCUUCCCACCAGGUCCGACUCGACAGGUGACGGGCAGCAUUCCCACCAGCGCCAGGGCACGGUCGUGCCAUCGGUCACUCCGGAUCCCUUCUUCCGGAGUUUUGCGGUCGUGGACGGGGACCGCCGGGGUCAGGUCGAGGGUGCGGACGAGAGGAGGGGAGGACCCCGAGGGCCGCAGGGGUGGAGAAGGGAUGCUCCGCAGGAAGUCCUGGAUGAGGCGUUCAGCACGGACACGGCGGCAGUGUCCGUCGGCAGCCAGGACGACCUCAGCCUCCGGCUGAAAUUCUUCACCGCCAUGGGCUUCAAGGAGGACGUGGUGAAGAGGGUGCUGGCUCGGACUGGACCCGUAGACCCCUGUGACAUCCUGGAGCUUGUCCAGCAAGAGCAGGACCGGGACGACGGAGGAGGAGGAGGAGGAGGAGGAGGAGGAGGAGGAGAGGAGGAGAAGAACGGCGUCAGCAGAAGGUCCGGCGACGGAGCCGAAGAGGAAGCCGCCUUCAGAAGCAGCAGGACGGUGGAGAGAGGAGCGCCGAACCACAGCAGCCAGGGGAGCUUCAGCGACAGGAGCCUGGGGGAAGGGCUUCGGAGCGGGCCAGAGGAGGAGGAGGAGGAGGAGGAAGAGGGUGGUGGCGGCGAUGACUUUGUCCUGGGCGUGGUGAAGCGGGCGGCAGCCAGCUGCGGGUACACGGAGGAGCGGGUGCGCGAGGUGUGCAGCAACCUGCCCGAGCUCAGCUUCCACCAGCUGCUCCUGGAGCUGCAGAGGCAGGGCGAGAGGGACGGCAAGCCGGCAGGGACAAACCACCCCGCCGCGGCCACUCACACAGUAACACAGCAACACGCUAAGGAGUCGCUCGCCGACUCGGCCAGAAAGGAGGAGGCAGAGAUGAAGAGGAGGAAGGAGGAGGAGGAGAGGAGUGCUGGGAGAGAGACGAAGAAUAAAGCAUCGGUUGAUAAGAGAGACAAGGCGAAGGGUGGGGACAAUCAGGGGGAAUCGUUAGGGAGACAAUCUAGCGCCAAAGCCGCAAGCGCACUGGGUGAGAACGUCCUGGUGGAGCACAGAGCUAUCGAGAGGUUCUUGAUCGAUCAAGCUUAUCGGGACUCGCCCCAGGAGGCCCCUGUGAAAAGGGAGAGGCCUGCUUUGACGGACAGACAUGACAACGCACACACGAGGCCUCCCGUGACUGGAGCUGCGAGUAGUACCACUAGAACAAACAACUGGAACACCUUCAACCACCAGAACCACCAGAACCAUCAUCGAGGCCCGGGCCAGGCGGACUCGAACGGGAGAGGAGGUUCUUCGUCCAUCCGAGGACCACCACGACCCAGCUACCCUCGCGACACGCUCGGUGAACCCCAAAUGAACCCGCACUUCUCGGCCACCCUACCUGCACACUUUGGCAGACCACCCCAGAGACAGGGUCUCCCACCCAUGGGUGCAAGGGCCGUGGUCACGGGGCAGCAGCGCUUCCUGGAGGGCCUGCAGAUGCCCUUUGAACUCAAACUGGCCGGUGGCAACGGAGACCCUGGUUUGCGACAGGUCAUUCUUGACGGGAGCAACGUUGCUAUGAGCCAUGGACUGGGCCAGUUCUUCUCCUGCCGUGGCAUCGCCCUGGCCGUGCAGCACUUCUGGGACAGAGGUCACCGCCAGAUCUCAGCCCUGGUGCCCCAGUGGAGACAGAAGAGAGACCCCAGGGUCAAAGAACAACACUAUCUGACUGAGCUACUGGACCUUGGACUGUUAUCAUUCACACCCUCCCGCGAGGUCAUGGGGAAAAGAAUCAACUCUUACGAUGACAGGUUCAUGCUUCAGCUCGCCCAGAAGACGAAUGGAGUGAUCGUGACAAACGACAACAUGAGAGACCUGUUUGAUGAGUCAGAUGCCUGGAAGGACAUCAUUAGAAAGAGCCUCCUCCAGUACACAUUUGUUGGGGAUCACUUCAUGGUUCCAGACGACCCUCUGGGUAGAGACGGGCCUCACCUCAAUGACUUCCUCCGUUCACAGCAGAGGUCCUCUGUCACCAGCAGUCACACAUUCCCAGGCAUGGCCUCCUCAUUCCCCAUCCAGCAGCAGCAGCAGCAGCAGCAGCAGCAGCGCUCCCAAACCGAAGUGCCGCACUUCCGCGACCGGACCCCAGGGGGCGGCAGAGUCACACCAGAUUUCCAGCCAGACCUCCAGCCCCCGGGCCCAGCAGCCAGCCAGACGGCCCACGGCUGGGAACAGGUGCCCCGGAGAGGGGGAAAAAGAGGAGGAGGAGGAUCUGGAGGGUUUGGGCGUGCGGGGCCUGAGAUCCGGCCGCACAGGAGCGCGGAGGAGACUUCCAGGCUGCGGGAGAGCUUGAGCCAGGUGUUCCCGGGUCAGGAGAGCGUGGUGACGCUGGCCCUGCAGAGACACCCGAUACUCACAGACGUCAACCUGCUGUCCCACUACAUCCUGGAACACCAGGCAGCAGGGGACUAGAGGAAAGAGAGGGACAUGAAAUGUAUGUGUGAGCGAGUGAAAAGGCAGAGUGUGUGCGUGUGUGCGUGUGUGCGUGUGUGCGUGUGUGCGUGUGUGCGUGUGUGCGUGUGCGCGUGGGCGCGUAUGUGUGUGUGUGUGUGUGUGCGUGUGUGCAGAGCGAUAUAUAUAUUUUAGCAGUCUUAAUGGCAAAUAACCUCUACUACAUCUGACAUAUACCAGCAUAAAUAAAGUAACACUUGCCAAUAACCUGUGGGACUUUGCGUGAAGCUUGAAAGACUGCAACAUGUUUUAGAACUGUUGCUAAGUAUCAUUACUGUGAUGCUACAGAACCAAAGAUGGGUAGAUGGCAGGCUGCUCUUGAUAUGCUUUCUAUUUGCCUGACACUUUUUACUAAAUCUUAAUGCUGAAUUAAUUUCAGAGUGUAAUAUUUGUAAAUGUCUAUUUUUGUAGAUAAUGUAUGCCUAUAUUGUAUUUUAUUAAUAUUGAAGUACUAUUUCUAUUAUUUGCAUUUGUGUGUGUUUUUUUUUUUUUUUUUUGCAUCAUCUCCAUCUUGUUUUAGGAGCUUGAUGUGUAUAUCUAGAUGUUUGAAUCUUCAGAGGUAAUUUUAAAAGCUGGUGAGGCUCAUCAGAUUUUUAUAUAUUUUUAUUUUUCAUAUUUUUAACUGUGAUGUCUUACAUAACAAAGUUUUCAAUGUUCAAUAGCAAUCUGGCAUGGAAAUGUAUUGUCACACAAACAAAAAUGUGAAGUAUUUUUUAACCGUAUCUGAACUGUGUUGUUCUGACUUCAUUUCUAGUAUACCAUUAAUCACUGUUAUUUAUGGUAAAUAUCAUGUCUUAAUGAUUUCACCACCUAAAAUAAAAUUGAGUGUAGUCAUUCA